AUGGUUCUCCCACGCCGGCAGGCGGCAACGGCAGUGGAUCUUUGUCAGGCUCACGGUAUCACUGCCACCGCAGCAGCUGCGCCUCCUCGUGGAGACCACCAUGACAAAAGAGGAAUUUGUCCGUCAGAUGUAGCUGAUGAUGGAGUGGUCACUUCAGGAGCAUGGCCCAACACUGCCCUCGACGCCGCGUCUCGUCAAGGAGGAACCGCCACGCUACCGCGUCAACGAGGAGCCUGCAUCUCCUCUUCGGCGCGUCAAAGAGGAGCCAACAUACCCCCACGCAACCGCAACGACGUCGAGAUCCCACCUAUAGAUCUUUUAGCACCGUGGAUCGAACAAGGCAUCCUUCGUUGUUUCCCAGGUGUUUUCUUCAUCCCUUUCUGCAAGAAGACGGCUGUUAAUCAUAAGAAAAAGGCUGGGUUUGUUAGCCUUUUCAAACGAGCUCCUCGGCAUGAGGAUGCUGCUCUUCUGGCCAAAGAGACCACAUUUUCUUUGGAUGAAGUGAAGGCCCUCUACGAGUUGUUUGAAAAGAUUAGCUAUUCUAUAUUCAAGGAUGGGCUCAUCCACAAGGAGGAGUUCCAACUUGCUCUCUUCAGGAACAGCAAUCGGAAAAACCUUUUUGCCGAUCGGAUAUUUGAUCUGUUCGAUCUGAAGCGAAAUGGUGUGAUUGAAUUUGACGAGUUUGUUCGGUCCCUCCAAAUUUUUCACCCGGAUACUCCCAUGGCAGACAAGAUUGCAUUUGCAUUCAGACUAUAUGACCUGCGAGGCACCGGCAGCAUUGAACGUGAAGAGUUGAAGGAGAUGGUGCUUGCAAUCCUGAGUGAAUCAGACCUACUUCUUUCUGACGACGCUGUCGAACAGAUGGUUGAUCAGACAUUCACAGAGGCAGACCUGAACGGCGACGGGAGGAUAGAUCCCGACGAAUGGAAAGCAUUGACAAGCACGAAUCCAGCCUUGCUGAAGUACAUGACUCUCCCAUACCUGAAGGACAUGACCAUGUCAUCGUUCCCCAGCUUUAUUCUCUACCCUGGAACUGGCGAUGAAGAGUUGUACUAG